AUGGAUGAUUACGAAAGUGUUAUUUUAGUCAAACCAGAAGUUUUUAUUUAUCGAAUACCACCAAUAACAACUGCCCAUGGACAUAGGGCUGCAGAUUGGAAACUUGAUACGCCUGAUUGGAUUGGACGUAUGAGACUUAUAUCAAAAGGUGAUAAACUGGAACUAUGUUUAGAUGAUAAGACAACUGGUGAAUUAUAUGCUAAAGCACCAAUUGAUUCUCUUGAAUCACGUGCAAUAGAAGCUGUUGUUGAUUCAUCAAGAUAUUUUGUUGUACAGUUACGUAGCGAUACAGGAAGAACUGCAUUUGUUGGAAUGGGUUUUUCUGAUAGAAGUGAUUCAUUUGAUUUAAAUGUUGCUUUACAAGAUCAUUUUAGAUCAUUAAAAAAAGAAGUUGAAAUCGAUAAUACUCCUAAAUUAGAUCUUGGUUUUAAAGAAGGCCAAACAAUAACUGUAAAAAUUGGUAAUAAAACAUCAACACCAAGACCUAAACCAUCUUCAAAUGUUGGAGGAACUGUUCCUUUACUCCCACCUCCACCAAGUUCAAGUAAUCGUAUUAGAAAUUCAUAA